AUGAUCCAUGUGGGCCCCCAAGCCAUCGCACACACAAAACAAACAAAACUGCAUCUCCAAGGCGUGCAUAAAAUAAAGGCACUUGUCUUUGCCAGAGGGCGGUCCGUUGCGAGAGCGAGCUUGAUGGAUCGCCGAAUGAUCACGGCGAUCCGUCCAAGCCAUAGACCGUUCGACGAAAAGGCUGCCCUGUCAGCCGUGCCUUCUAUGCAUCAAGUCAGCCUUCUCCCAGACUCGAUGCUUCGGCUCGAUGCUCCUUGUGGCUUUGCACGACUUUGGGCUUUCACGCUUGCUCCUCGCGAACGGGUUGGCUGGACGGGGUUUGCGAGGUCGCAUUCAGGCUUCCGCAGCCACAAAUCUUGGAAAUUGCCCGUCCGCGUCGCCAAGCCAGCUCAAGUCAUGGACCGCACCCACCAGCAAAGUCAGCCCCAGAAUGUGCAAGUGCUUCGAUACCACCUCUGCACUCGGAUAUGUCCGCUUGCCUUUUUCCAGGAACCUCCGCCAAUCGUGCAGCACGCAAUCAAACUCGAUCAAGAUCACGCAUUUGGUUGUGCUGCGCGCACCUGCUCGUUGCCAUGUUAUAAGCGCCAUCAGCAAUGGGCGCAAUGCUCGGGCAAACGGGAUCCCACGAAAUUCGUGAAGAAGUCACAGCUAGUCACCCCAGCCGGUAUUGAUCAUGAUUUCAAUUUUCUGAGUGGCAUUGAACGGAACCUGGAGAAGGCGGAACGGGCUGCUAGCGCUGCUACGGAUGCUCCGUCUGAUGGUAGUGCAAAGGCCCAUCAUGGGAAAAUCAACUACCAUCGUCUCGAGGCAGCGGGAGUAAGAGUCAUUCGCGCUCCUCAGGGCUUGAGUAGGCAGAGAGAGAACAAGUCUCACAUCUCAAAGACCAAGAAGGCCAACAGGAAUAUCGUCUGGACGGUGGAAUGGUUUGAUGCAAACAAAACCCGUGUACUUACCGAGACAUCAUCUACAGCCUAUGUCAAGGAUGCCAAUCCAUUCCGUCAACACAACAAUCAGCACAAGAACAAGAAGAGGAAGCUGGCAAGUGGUGCGUCACAAGUCACAGAUGCUGCUACAGAAGAGCCAGACGAAAAUACAUCAAAACAACCUCAGGUUCCGCCGAAAAAUGAGAAUGAAAUAACAGAGCAACCGCCUUUGGAGAGAAAGUCUUCCCCUGGUACCCAAGACCAAGAUGCAGUUACCAGCAAAGACGCAAUGGUUCCAGACUCCGACAACACACCAAACACCCAAUCGCAAGACAAACCACAACUCAACUUCUACCUACUACGACCCCGUACAACUUCAACCCGCCACGUCCUCAUCCCCCUCGACCCAUCCCAGCCCCUAGCCGAAAACCUCCGCGGCCACACCGUCCUCGAAUUCCCCACCAUCUACGUCUUCCCCAGCUCCCUCUACCCGCUCCCCAGCUCCUUCAUGCUAGAGGAAGAAUACAUCAAGCAACAAGGCGAAGAGCAAAAAGAACUCGACGACCUACUGCAACACCUCGAUCCCGAAAUCCUCAAGCGGCUGAAAGAAGACGGAGCGGCACGAGACCCCGCAAACAAGGAGCAAGAAGACGGCCAAGUAGAUAGUAAAAAGAUCCUCGACGUACUCAAGCAAGAUCUCGGCGGCGCCUUGUAA